AUGGUACACAAACAUUCAAUUGAUGCGUUAAACAGAACAUUGAAAGAUAUUAAAAACAACGACAAACUAUUUGGCGGCACUCUGUUGGUACUUUACGGUGAUUUAAGACAAACACUUCCCGUCAUUCCACGUUCAACAUACGCUGAUGAGAUCAAUGCUUGCUUAAAAUCAUCUCCAUUGUGGCGUAAUGUUGAAAAAGUACAGCUGAAAGUAAAUAUGCCCGUCCAAAUGCUUCAAGAUCCAUCCGCUGAAACAUUCAAACAAAUUCAGCUUCCGAUUAGAUUGGCAUUUGCAAUAACAGUCAACAAAUCCCAAGGACAAACGAUGUCUAUUUGUGGCUUAGAUUUGAGUACACCAUGUUUUUUACACGGGCAAUUGUACGUAGCAUGCUCUCGAGUGGGUAAACCAUCCAGUUUGUUUGUGCUCGCUAAAGAUGGGCUAACAAAAAUAUUGUUCACGCUAUAG